GCACACACACAUACAAGUAUAUAUAAUACUCAUACACACUGGCUGUGAGAGCGCGAGCUCGGAGUGAGGCGCAUAGAGGUAUUACAAGUGAAGUUUUUAUUAACGCCUUUAAUUCUUUUCUUUUUAAUUCUAAUCUCUGUAAACUAGCUCACUCUCAGACUGUGGUUUCUGAACGCUGAGAAGAGGAAGAUCGUCUCGUUUUUUAGUCUUUAAUGAGUCUGUGGGGAAAUUAAGCGUGUAUCUGGGCGCGAGCGGCAUCCUGACUGAGUUUAUGUGGAAAGAUUUACCAAGUGACCCGAGUUUACAUUUCACCCGAACAGCAGUAUGUUUUCCUGGGCGAACAAGGACGGGAAGAAGAAAGAUCCGGAGCUGUUCCAGACGGUGGCGGACGGUCUGAAGCGGCUUUACCGGACAAAGUUACUGCCGUUAGAGGAGGCGUACCGCUACCAUGACUUUCAUUCUCCGGCUCUGGAGGACGCGGACUUCGAUAACAAGCCCAUGGUGCUGUUAGUGGGACAGUACUCUACCGGGAAGACCACCUUCAUCCGUCACCUGCUGGAGCACGACUUCCCCGGCAUGCGGAUCGGACCUGAGCCCACCACCGACUCCUUCAUCGCGGUGAUGCACGGAGAGCAGGACGGGCUCGUCCCCGGAAACGCGCUGGUGGUGGACCCGAAAAAACCGUUCCGCAAACUCAACGCCUUCGGAAACGCUUUUCUCAACAGGUUUGUGUGUGCUCAGCUGCCCAAUCCUGUGCUGGAGAGUAUCAGCAUCAUUGACACACCGGGAAUUCUGUCUGGAGAAAAGCAGAGGAUCAGUCGUGGUUAUGACUUUGCAGCAGUGCUGGAGUGGUUUGCAGAGCGAGUUGACCGGAUCAUUCUGCUGUUUGAUGCCCACAAGCUGGACAUUUCGGAUGAGUUCUCUGAGGUGAUUCGUGCAUUGAAAAACCACGAGGACAAAAUGCGCGUGGUUCUCAACAAGGCUGAUCAGAUUAGCACGCAGCAGCUCAUGCGGGUCUAUGGCGCCCUCAUGUGGUCUCUUGGGAAGAUAGUGAACACUCCUGAGGUGCUGCGCGUCUACAUUGGCUCCUUCUGGGCGCAGCCACUGCUGGUGGCUGAUAACCGUCGACUGUUUGAGGCCGAACAGCAUGACCUGUUCAGGGACAUCCAGAGUUUACCGCGCAAUGCCGCGCUGCGCAAACUCAACGACCUGAUCAAGAGAGCUCGCCUUGCCAAGGUGCAGGCAUACAUCAUCAGCGCCUUAAAGAAGGAGAUGCCAAACAUGUUUGGUAAGGAGAAUAAGAAGAAAGAUCUGAUUGCUAAUUUGGGAGAGAUCUAUGCCAAGAUCGAGAAGGAGUAUCAGAUUUCUCCUGGGGAUUUCCCCAAACUCUCUAAAAUGCAGGAGCUGCUGGUGUCCCAGGACUUUGCUAAGUUCCAGGCUCUGAAGCCAAAGCUACUUGAGUGUGUGGACGACCUGCUGGAGAACGACAUUGCAAAGCUCAUGACGUUGGUGCGGCAGGAGGAGUUGUCCACGCCCACUGCUGCAGUGCAGGGCGGGGCCUUUGAGGGUGUGUCAGUGGGACCUUUUGGUGGUGGUUACGGAGAGGGUGUGUCUGAGGGCAUUGAUGAGCUGGAGUGGGUGGUGCAGAAAGACAAGCACACCUACGAUGAGAUAUUCUACACACUGUCACCCGUCAACGGCAAAGUGUCUGGCGCCAUGGCCAAGCGCGAGAUGGUCAAGUCCAAACUGCCCAACACUGUGCUUGGAAAAAUCUGGAAACUUGCUGACGUUGACCAGGACGGUUUCCUGGAUGACGAGGAGUUUGCCUUAGCUAAUCAUCUCAUCAAGGUGAAGCUUGAAGGUCAUGAGUUACCUGCAGAGCUGCCUUCUCACCUGGUGCCUCCAUCCAAACGCGCUCAGUAGAGCUCACAGCCGAAACCUGACUAACCCCCUAAACCACUAAACCCUAAACCAUAACCACUAAGCCCUAAAGCAUUAGUCAGUAAGAUCUAGAACAAGCCCUAAACACUAAGCCCUAAACACUAAGCCCUAAACACUAAGCCCUUUGCAGACCACCCUAACCCUCAGUGAACAGCCUUCACUGGUGAUUCAUGUGUCAUGGUUAGAGCUGCAUGUGUUGGUUUCCCUACACACUGCACACUGAUUAAUAAUAAUUAAUGUUAGCAUUAUUAAUUUGAUUCACUGCUGUAGGCAAAUAAACACCUGCAGUUACAGUUAUAAUAAAAUACUGUGUUUUCCUUCUGUCUCUGUUUUGCCCAAAAUCCACACACACACUCCAUCACUUUCAUUCUCUCCCUCUCUCUCUGUCUCUGUCUCUCUCUCUCUCUCUCUUGGACACACACUCGCACACACUCACACACACUCGCACUGUUAUUUAGUAUUUGAUUAUUUGCAUUAUUAAUGUUAUUUUUAUAUAACAUGCUUUACACAGCAGAAUUCUCUGUGUGUGUGUGUGUGUGUGUGUGUACACACUGAACAUGUGUAAAAAAACAAAUGCCUGGACCAGCUGCAGUCUGUUAAAUUUUCCAUGACUCCAUUUAAAUGUUUAUUAAGUAUGUUCACAUUUACUGUUUGUCAACAUCUAAUAAAAUAAAGAUUCAUCACCGUA